AUAGCGCUACGGAUGCGUUACAGUCAUCGUCACCGAAGGCCAGAGACUGGGAAGCAGGACGAGGAAUUAGUUCGCGAAACAUGCCGUUCAUCGAUUUGGAAAGUAAUUUACCUGCUAGCAGAUUCCCGGAGGAAUUCCUAAAAAAGUUGUGCUCCGCAACAGCUGCUCUUCUGGGGAAACCCGAGGAUAGGAUGAACUUGUCGGUGAAGUCUGGCCUCGCGAUGCUCAUGGCCGGGUCUUCGGCGCCUUGCAUGCUUCUCUCGGUGUCGGCCAUCGGAGCGACGGACACGGCAGACAAGAACAAGGAGACCAGCGCGCACCUCUUCAGGCUCCUCACAGAGGAGCUGGGACUCGGCGAAGACAGGAUUGCUAUCAAAUUCUACCCUCUGGAGCCUUGGCAAGUGGGGAAGAAGGGGACGGUGAUGACUUUCCUGUAGAGUGGAGGCCUUGGAACGCCGGAUGUCCAUAAAAUCAUGACAUCUUCUAAAUUGCUGUCAUCAAUCUGCUUUAAGAUGUUGUUGAAGUAGACACUGUUUACCCCAGUGAAGAAUUACAUUUCACAUUCGCAGCCUGCGUCCGGGAGCAUUUGUGUAAUAAAAUGCUGUGGGCUUGUUAGACAGUACAGCUUUUUCAUGGUUUUCAUGGGAUUUUCACAAAUUGAGAAAUUACAUGGUUUAAUUCCUUAUAUGCAGUACUUCAGAAGUUUAAUGUUGAAAAAUACAUUCCGGAUUUUAUUAAUUCACAGAAAUGCUAUUAAUUUGUUCUGUUGUGCUUCUCUGCUAUUAUAAUGUCACUUGUCUUUAUCUGUAAUUUAAGAUUAACUAGGUGGUUUUCUAAACAGAAACUUGCAAAUAAAUAUGUAAUGACCAGUAUCGCAGAGUCCUUACGCAGGUUCUGGUCGCACCCCAUCACAAUGAAGGCGAAACGUACG